ACUUAGAGUCAGGUAGGUCCUGAUGGCAAAGAGGCUCCGUCUGCCCUCGGCACUCCGCAGAUGCGCGGAUAUAAAUUUCUCGACACAUCCCCGUCUCCCGCUCCAUCUGCUUUAGGCGCGUCUCCUUUCAUGACGUGGGGUGAGCUGGACUCAACUCCCUGUCGACUGGACGAUGGAGCUGUCACUCCGCUGAUCGUCUCUGGUGCACCUGCAUUUCGGAUUCCUUCUCCUUCCAAGAGGGAGCAGUUGGCUCACAAAUUGGCAGAUAAGGCCAGUCGUCAGCGCCUUCGAGAUCGACAUGAAGCCGUCAAGCGGGUGCAUUCUGGUCACUCUAGUCCAGCCGCUCGUGUCCUCCUCUCUCCGGCCGCCCGUCGCCUCCUAGCGAGUAGUUCCAACCUCGUAAGUUUGAGUGGAGGUUCUCGUCCGAGCACAGGUGUUAGCCUCACCUCUUUUGCCAGUUCUCCAUCCACCAAAUUACUAACUCCCCAGGGACAGCUUUCUCAUCUCAAAGCAGCUCUUCGGGCCACCUCCACAUGUUCUUCGCCUGUCCCCGUCGUUACUCAGACAAUUUCCAACAAACUCUCCACAAUUUCACACGAAACAGAAUCCAGUGACCCUGUAUCCCAUUCGAACAACAGUCAUUCCAUUACAGACAACUUGUUAAAUCUACGAUCUCAUUAACUACCAUUUCUGAUUUAUUAAACUAUUCUCCUUAUCUCCGCCUUGCAAUCCCUGCUUUCGCAUCCAGUGCUGGUUGGCGUUUAUUGUACAGUCGGCACCGCUCGUCCAUUGCUUAAAUGUACUUGGCAUUAC